CGUCGACUGGCACAACCCGGUUCUGUGGAGGAGCGCGUUGCAUGCUGGUGAAGCCAUCGACUGUUUUCUAUAUGCAUUGAAGAACCUGCGCCGAGGUCCGGGUAACACGGCGGUACAGGGCUCGUUAUCUUUCUCUUUAAAAUUGGCGACUAGCGUGCAUGCGCUCCUUCAUGUCCAUCACCAGUCAAUACGGAUGCCUUACCUGGAUCGAAAAGUUGAGACUAUUUGUAGUCCUGACUGCCUUGGUGGUUUAUCUAUGCGGGAAAUCUCUCACUCUAUUGUUUUCCUUUCGGCGAAGCAGGGCCCUCACGGUCAUCUUGGCACUUUCAGGUUGUCGGUUUCUAAUGGACUACUUGAGCCUGCGUCAGCUCCAAUACUUGUCGCCGAGAAAUUUGGACCAGUAUCGUAAAUGGGUGAAAGAGCGAGGGCUCCCUAUCAAGGUCGAAGAGCUUCCAGAAAAAGGUGCCAAGUUGAUGUGGAUUGGAACACAGCAAACGGACAACGUUAUCUUCUACUGCCAUGGUGGCGGAUAUGUCCUGCCAAGUUCUCCUGGCACGUUUGCUUUUUGUCUGUAUGUGCAGCAGCAAUUGGAGGCAAAAGGUAUCCAGGCAAAUAUCGCCCUUCUGACGUACAACCUUAUUCCGGACGUCAAAUUCCCCAGUCCAUUGCGUGAAGCCAUAUCCGCGAUCCAUCACUUCCUUAAGUGCGGUAUCAAAUCCGAAAACAUUAUCCUCGCAGGGGAAUCUGCCGGUGGGAAUCUCGUCCUGCAAAUUCUCUCACACAUGCUGCACCCGCUGUCCUCUAUUGCUCCCCUGCCGCCUUCUGUCCGCUUCCGGGGUGCAUGCCUUAUGUCACCUUGGGUCUCCCCUAGUGGUGACGUCUGCGCCGAUCAGGCGCAGGCGAACGAUUCCAAGGAUGAUAUCAGUGUCUGUACUCUCCGUGAAUGGGGUCAAUUGAUGAUCAAGGAUGUUCCGCGUACCCCGGAGAAUACGGCUUGUGUCGAACCUGCGGGUGCACCCGAAGGGUGGUUUCAGGAUAUAGAGACGGUUGUUGGGGGAGUACUUAUACUUUCGGGCGAGGUGGAGUGCAUGGCGGGCUCGCAUAGCUUCUUUUAUGAGGAGCACUUGAAGCGCUAUCAUCGAAAAGUCGGGAUGGCUGUCAAUCCUGGAGGAGUGCAUGAUAGUAUAUUGAUUGAUUUUGCAGUGGGGAAUGGGGCGUAAUCCUCUCAUCGGGCUAGCUUUGACGGCGACUGGUGGUGGUUACGUUUCAAAUGCGGUUAUGGUUGGUGGGUGAGGCACAGGAUGUA